CUGUCAGAAGGGGGGGGGCGUGGUGAAGCACAGCUGACAUCCCCAGACGACGGAGCGGACUGUUGCAGAAGGGCGCAGCAUGGCGAGUGGGCACGUAACGGUUAACUUCUCCACGAGUGGUGAAAAGAUGUCGUACUGAGCAGAGUCGGAGGGAGAGAAAGAGAGAGAAAGCUGGAUUUCCAGAGCACAUCCAAAGUGAGCCAACGGGAUCCUUUCUUGGCAACAAGGGGAGAGAAUUAAAAAACAUGUUGGAGCCGUGCGUCCAAAAAAAAUCCACAAGAUUCCUGAGAGGGGUUGAUUCGUCGGAGGGAGGAUUGUGAUAAAGUGUGCGACUCGAGGGGCAGCGUAUAUUCAUGCAAAUUCAUUAAAAAAAAGAAGAAAAAAAAAAAAAAAUCAUAGGCGUGCCUUUGUGCGAUGGAGUCACAGCCGGAAAAGCAAACCCCCCUCCCGGGAUGAUCAGCGACCUUCAAAGACCGUGAUGCGCAGCGCUCGGGCGCAUUGACUGUGGCACCGCGGCGAAUGUCUCCAGAGCGCUGAGGAGGAGGAGAAGACAAAGUUCGGUCUCCUUUUGCACGCGCUGCUCCACCGGCUGCACUUCUUCCUCCGCACAACAGCUCCACUGCUGCGCCACCGGAUCUCCAACCACAGGCGUGUGUUAUUGCUGUCACUAUUUGACUCGGUCUUUCAUAUAUAUAUAUAUAUAUUUUUUUUUUUACUCUAUAUAUAUUUUUUUUUUUUAUUAUUAUUUUUUUUUAAGUUUACAGUCAAUUCGGACGACUUCAGAUAGUGAGAGUCCUGAUGCGGAUGAAGUUUCCGUCUCACCCAAUCUGUGCGUAAAAGACGCGAUCGCCAAUUUGUUCUUAUUUUCUUAUUUUUCUCCAACCCGUCUAUUUCAUUUAAAUCGCCGAGGGACUUUUCACCAUGUCAGAGGACGACACCAGCACCACCAGCACCACCACCACCGCCAGCUCUGGGUCUGACCCCGAAGGCAGCAACGUCAGCGUCCUCAACUGGGAGCAAGUGCAGCGGCUGGACGCCAUCCUGACGGAGACCAUCCCGAUCCACGGCCGGGGGAACUUCCCCACCCUGGAGAUGCAGCCGCGGCACAUCGUUAAAGUGGUGCGCAGGCGGAUGGAGGAAAAACAGAUCCACGUCCGGGACGUUCGGUUAAACGGCUCUGCAGCCAGUCACAUUCUGCACGGGGACAGCGGACUGGGCUACAAGGACCUCGACCUCAUAUUUUGCGCAGAUAUGAAAGGGGAAAGUGAUUUCCAGACUGUGAAGGACAUCGUUUUGGACUGUGUCCUGGAUUUCUUACCCGACUGUGUGAAUAAACAGAAAAUAAGCCCACUCACGUUAAAGGAAGCCUAUGUGCAGAAGAUGGUGAAGGUGUGUAAUGACUCCGACCGCUGGAGUCUCAUCUCCCUCUCCAACAACCGCGGAAAGAAUGUGGAGCUCAAGUUCGUGGACUCUCUCCGGCGGCAGUUUGAGUUCAGCGUGGACUCCUUUCAGAUCAAGCUGGACUCCCUGCUGCUGUUCUACGAGUGCUCCGAGAACCCGAUGGCCGAGACCUUCCACCCCACCAUCAUGGGCGAGAGCGUGUACGGGGACUUCAGCGAGGCCCUGCACCACCUGCGUCACAAGUUCAUCUGCACCCGCAACCCGGAGGAGAUCCGGGGCGGGGGUCUGCUGAAGUACUGUCACCUGCUGGUGAGGGGCUUCCGGGCCGCCUCCGAGUCCGAGAUGAAGUCCCUGCAGCGCUACAUGUGCUCACGCUUCUUCAUCGACUUCUCUGACAUCGGGGAGCAGCAGCGCAAGCUGGAGUCCUAUCUUCAGAACCACUUUGUGGGCCUGGAGGACCGCAAGUACGACUACCUGAUGACCCUGCACGGAGUGGUCAACGAGAGCACGGUGUGCCUGAUGGGACACGAGAGGCGGCAGACCCUGGGGCUCAUAGCCAUGCUGGCGGUGCGCGUUCUCGCCGAGCAGAACAUCAUCCCCAACGUGGCCAACGUUACAUGUUACUACCAACCCGCCCCUUAUGUGGCAGAUGGCAACUUCAGUAACUACUACAUAGCACAGGUUCAGCCGGUGUUUGCUUGCCAGCAGCCUGCGUACUCCACCUGGCUGCCCUGCAACUGAGUCAGCUCCGAGGAAAGGUGGAGGGACAGCAUCUGAUUCGUGGAAACGAGAGCGAGCGGCGUGGUUGCCUCCUCAGACAGCGGACAGCAAAAAAAAAAGAAAAAAAAAGGAGUCUUCUUUGUAAUGUUUUUGCCUCAAAGCCAUCUGUUUUCGCUUUCACUUCGAGUGCAUAGUUUGAUGUGAAUGUUUCACAUUUCUCGAAAAAAGAAAAAAAGGCCUACUGAUCCUGCCCAGGCCAACCAGGUUUUGGAAAAAAAGACUAAUUUGUGGUAAGCUUGGAAGUAAAAGGCUCAAAGCAAAUGCGCGAUGGCCUCGAACGCAGGCAGCAGAACCGCCAUCGAAAACCGCGCGAGACGGAUCGACGUCUGUCAAGAACUGAUUAGCCAGCACGCUCCAAAGUGGACAGCAACACACACACACACACACACACACACACACACACACACACACACACACACACACUCAGCUUAACUCAGUAAAACUUUGGGUAUCAAACGGGCAUCUAUUGCCUUGCAUUUGGAUAUCAUUCCGGUUGUUUACAGACCAAAGAUUUUUGUUUUUUUGAUUGUUUCUAACAUUAAAACCCUAUUUUGAUGGGGAGGAAAAAGUAAAAAAUAAAGCUGUGUCUAUUUGUACAUGUGAACAUUAUGUGUUUGUAUCAAGUGCCUAUAAAAGAAUGAGCGGGCCAUAUGAUAUUUUCUUUCUUUUUCUUUUUUUUGUGUGUGUGAAUUCGCCACACAAUAGCACCCCAGAGGCUUGUGAAUGUACAUGUGAAGUCAUGCAGUCAGUGUUCGUUUAUGCUUGGAUGAAAAAGAGCACCAUGUGUCACUGUGGAUCUUGCAGUUAAGUAACAGUUGAAUGUGCACACCACCCUUGGUUGGAAAGACAUUCCAAAAAGAAAAAAAAAAA